AACAUUGACUAAUUUUUUUGCUCAUGAUGUUGAUUAUAGGGCCUACCAUUUUCAUGGUGCAUAUUUCCUACAUAGGUUGCAUGUUGGCAGGAAAGAUGUUAUGUCACCACAAGUUAUGGCAUCAUUGCUUUGCCUAUAGUGGUCUAUUUGCAUUUGAUUAUUCACACAAGGAUUAAACAAAGAACCCCAAAAAAGGAACAUGAGAUCCUAUCAUAAGGUAGUCCUAAAACCAUUUGGGUACAUUUCUAAUUUUGAAUCACGAAUGAGAUGUUGAACAUUAAGAAUGCAUGCAAAUUGAGGGAGAAAUGAAACUAAUGUAUUCUUAUUGUAUGGUAUAGUCUAUGAAGUUCACGGAUAUCACCAACAUUGUAAUCCAUGAUAUUCAUCUCUUGAACAGCAAAUCUUUCCAAAUCAGCGUAUUUAGGUCCCAAGGAGUUCAACUCUACAACGUCAAUAUCAUGGUUCCAGGGGACAGCCCUAAUACAGAUGGAAUACAUAUCAGUUCAUCUGCAAACAUCAAUAUCACAACUUCAACCAUAGGCGUAGGUGAUGACUGUGUAUCAAUUGGAGAAGGCAGCAAUGAUAUCUCUGUCUCUGGCAUAUUCUGUGGCCCAGGCCAUGGAAUUGGGAUGCUCAUUGGAUUGGGUGGCAUAGGAAAAAAAGAUUGAAAAGUUGGAAUCACAAAAGAGAAAAGAUGCAACAACUGUGAAUAAACUCAGUCCUCUGAUCCGAUGAUUAGUAAGGUCAAACUUAUUGAGCCAUUUAAGAUCUAUUUUGAAUAUUUACUCCGUUUACCACUUACUAUCAGACCGAUUGGACAUUUGUUCUUAAAUAUUGGUCCGAUCAGA